AUGGCCACCAAUGAUGCAAAUAGUGAUGCGUUAGGUCAUACACAACAAAUAGGGACAAUUAUUCGCUCCAAUCAAGCCAUCCGUCGUCAUGUACAACUCUCUGUAAAUGACUUUCUUGAUGUACGCAAGACAUUGCUUGAGGAAUUAAAGACACAUGGGCUUGAUGAAAUCGACCAAUUCAAGCCGCUUGCUGAGACUAUGAACAUACAGACGCUAAACAAGAAAGUUACAUCGGAAAAAGUUCAGUUGGCAUUGUGUGGUGAAAACUCGAGUGGCAAGACUUCAUUUUUGCAUAGGCUUCUUCAAAUCGGUGACAUAUUGCCUUCAGGAGUGGGUCCCGUAACCGCACGAAUUAUUCGAUUAAUGUACGCAGAUCCAAAGCACUCAUGUAUUUGUAUUUUCAAGUCGCUUGAAGACAGUCUGCAAGGGUCAAAGUCGAAAAUUGUUCAGAAAAUUGAUUUGAGUCCAUUUUUUACUGGCGGCGAUCAAACUCAAUCGAAUGAAUUGGGCUCGUUAGAUAAUACGAACUGGGAUGGAAUUAUGUAUGUACUAGAGGAGCAUAUCAAGCGACCUGUUGAGAAGGAUAUUAGUUCUAGUGACUUUGCUGACUGGGCUCGUCACUUUGUUGAAAUUCGUCUGCCAUCUCCCACAUUGAAAUGGAACAUCGAUGUUUACGACACACCAGGCUUUCUGUUCGAUGAUGCUCCUGUUCUGAAAGAAAUUCUUAGCAAUUUAGUCCAUCAUGUUCAUCCAACUCUGGUUUUCCUAUACGACAAUGCUUCAACAACUGAUGAAAUGAACAAUUGUUAUUUGGCCAUGAAAAGUGCACUUAAGCAGUUCGAUUCUUCGAGCAUUUUCUAUUUAAAUACCAAAGUCGAUAUUGACCACAUGCCCAAUAUAACGCAAUCUACAACGUUGGAACAAUUCAAAAAAAUACUCGCUGAACAACGAUCCACUCGCUAUGAUCUACUGAAAAAAGCUCCGUGCUUAGGAAAUGACAAUUUAAUUGGUUUACCAGAAUCGAUUGACGACUGCGAUUGUUUUGAUAUUUGCAGCGUAUUAUCGAAUGCAGACGAACUUGGCGCCUACAUGAAUACUUGUGCCAUCUAUCGCUUGAUUCAAUUCGUAGCAAACAGUGACUUAGUCGUCGCCAAACGAGUUACUAGUCUUGUAUUGCCCGCGAUCGAAGCAUUUUUCGAUUUGACUCUUAUAAUCAGUCAUCGAACAUCUGAUCAAUUGCAACAACUUCGACGCGAUGCACUGUCGUGGCAUCAAACGUAUUUUUCUGAACAUCGAAAACAUUUUGAUGCAUUUCUCACUAAAGUAUAUGAUAUUAUUCAAACACAAUUGGAAUUGACACGUCACAAGUUGAUUAUGGAGGCUGCCAAGCUCAAGAAUAAAAACUCAAUCGAAUUAUAUUUGUGUACGGCAGUGAAGCAUGUAGUAGUCAAAAAGGCUGUGAGCGAUACAGUAUCCGAAAUGGUGAAUACAAUUAUUAAAAUGUUUUUAUCAAAUCGUAACCUUAUGGUCAAUGCGUCGUCGAACGAACUACUAGUAGCAGCAUUGCGCACGGAGGAUAGUGAAGUAUUGGCAACGGUAAUCAAAGAAUCUUUAACAAAAGCUACUUUUCAGUAUUACAUGUUGAAUAGCAUUACUACACCAACAAUGCUCGUUGCUGAAAUUUUAUUUAGUGAUGAUGACACCGAAAGCAGUAAUGAAACCGUAAAAGGUUUACUUAAACAAUUGCAGCAUACACGCUAUCAAUCUCAACAGCGAACUUCGAAUUCCUUCGACAUUAUUGACAAUAAAUUAGAAGCACAGCAAUGUCUGGAUGGAAUAGCAUCGCAAAUGAGAGACGAAAAAACUGCCCUCGGAUUAAUCAUUGGACUUUGGAGCGAUGCACAGAAAGAAAAAUUGGUGAAAAAGAUUAAUGAACUUUAUAAAGGAGCAGAAAAAUUGCUUCCCUUGCGUAACAAGGCUCAUGGGCUGAUAAAAAAGUAUGCUUCUUCAUUUGCUCGCAUAUAUUGUCAUCUUCAGGCCGCUCAGGAUUUGGCAAAGUUCGAUGGCAUGGAACCUAGAAUAGAAACUGACGAUUCUCAAUCGACCACUUACAGUAUUCACAAAGCUAAAUGGGAAAAUAAACAACUCCUGGUUAAGCGAUUACGUCAGCCUGAGGUUAAUGAACCCAAUACGGCUUAUUUCGAAGGAAGCUAUCAUUUGAAAGUGAAAAGUCUUAAUAUUCCAUAUAUCGUGGACAUCUCAUAUCUGUAUGUGAAAGAAUUGCCUGAUAAAACUCGUGACUUAUGGAUGUUAUUUCCAUUGAUUGAAAGAAACUUGGUAGAUUUUAUGCAGCAAGCCCAUAAAAAAAUGGCACUUGAUACAGUACUCGAGAUGAUGACUCGGAUCAGUACAGCACUGGAGUGUUUACAUAAGAACGAACUUGUUCAUCGUAAUGUCACGGCAAGUAAUAUUGUUUUCGAUGACAAUAAUCGGAUUCAUUUGAUUGACUUGGGCGAUUGGUAUACUGAUAAAAGCCAUGAUCUUACCAUUCGGCAUGAUCCACUGGGAACACCAAAUGGAACAAAUGACGAUAUUCGUGAUUUAGGUCAUCUGGGUCUUGAGCUCCUGCCACUUAUCGAAUGUUCCAAUGAAGAGCAACAUCAACAAGAGAGAUUGAACAAUUUUCAAGAAGCCGCGCUUCGAUGGUCCAAAGCUAGUUCCAAUGAGCCAAUAUCAGCAGAAUCUAUUAAAGUUGAACUCAAGUCUAUCUAA